AUGAUACCAAUAGGGAAGCAAAGGCUUUGUACUAUGUAUCCUCAGGAAUACACUGCUUCUCUUAGUGAUCAGCUGACAAUGUCAUCCAUAAGUGAUACCAGUACUGAAUCGGAAUAUCUCCCAGAAGACGAGGAGGAGGACGAGAAGGAGAUAGUGAAAACGAACACUAACAACUGGCUGCAACUGGAGAAUGAACUCAAUGAAAAUGAGCUACAUCGAAGGCAGUACCAGCAAAAGACAAUUAAUAUUAAGAACAGGGUCUGGAGUCUAUGGUGCCAGUUCUGCACUGCGACUAACCGAGACACUCUAACACUUAUAAAAGAAGAGCCACCAAAUAUUAAAACACUCUGCACAUUCUUUGACUUUAUACUUACAACGCGAUGUGAGUAUGUCAAGUCAUCUUCGACACUACAAACAUACUGGAAUUACUGGGUGCUUCUGAGACGGGAAAAAGUAGGACUUUCAAUUCCAGCAAUCACAAAAGAUAAGAUGGUAGGACUUUCCUUGAUACUUCUACUUGCCGGUAUGAGUGGACACCGACCUGAUGCACUGCUGUCCCUCAAGAAUGCAAAUGUACAAGUUGCAUUACUCCCAACCGGAAGGGAACGACCACAUAUGGUCCUUGAGUUCAAACCCCACAAGACCAAGCGUUAUCGGGGGAUGAAAAAGAAGAAUCCGACGUUGGGAAUACCGGAAGUCCGUAGUGAGCCUUGCUUGCUGCUCUGUCCACAGUCAUUUUUGUUAUCCUUGUUGAUACGCAAGUCCGCUUUCAGCCAUCUUAGAAUUACAUCAGCAGCGCAGUUAUACGCAUUGCAGGUCCCUCCAGAAGCAGGAUCGCUUGAACUUCGCCCUGCAAACCCUGAAUGCUUUCUCUUCGAUAUCACUCCUAGGACUUUAAAUACCUGGCUGAAACGACUAGGUGAGCUGACAGGCUUUAACCUAUCAAUUACAUCAUACUGUCUCCGGAGAGGGGCCGGUGAAGCUGUCAAUAGUAGCUGUGAGAUCAGUGAAGCUCAGCAGAAUCUGCUUCUCCAGCAUGCGGCCAAUUCGUCUGUAUAUCAGGAGCGGUACGCGCCAGAUUAUUUUCCCAAAGAUUUUAGCGCCGUGUGGCGAGGCAGUCAGCCUCAAAAUAAAGUAAUCCGGAUGGCCAGUGGGCAAAGCCGCUCGAUCGACCUACGUCGCCCGGUUGAUCUCAAUGAGGCACAAGCAGCCGAAGCCGAUGCACAGCCCAAGGUUCAACGUUGCAAGGCGCGCUGGGAGCAAUCUCGAUUGAAGGUCCAGAUGGCAUAUGGAGCAAUGUACAAAGGCAAGGGAAAACCACUGUAUCAAAAAGCAAUGAAGAGGCGGAAUGCCUACCACACCGCACGUCAAGCGGCUCGUCGUGAGAUGAAGGCAGUCAUCCGAGCUCGGUUUAAUGAGGAGCAACCAACAGACGAUAUUAUACGGCAGGUACAUGGGCUUCCAAUGAAAUCUAGGAAGGCAUAUAAGACUGAGCUCGUCCCCCUUGAGCAGCAGCGCGCGUUUUCUCUUCUUUUCCGGUUUGCUCCUGAAACAGAGCGUGAUGAAACUGAGUACAGGGCUGCAGUCAUUGAUGCGGUGUCUAAGGUUGGGCCGAGCCGUAAACGCCGGCUUCAGGAAAUACAUAGCGAAGGCCCCACACCUGGGUGGGUGACAGCAGCACUCCAAGGUAAACCGCAAGUCCAAUUGGCGCGACGACAAUGCCUCUUGUGUAUGAUCUAUGGUGUUCGCGGAGAACCUUUCACUCGAGAUUCAAGCUUCGAGCGGCAUAUCCGUAGGAUCCAUAACAAGCAAAUACAGUGUCCUGAUCCUGCCUGUCAGGAUAUGCUUAUUGGUCACAUUGACAUUGCUAAUCAUAUGCGAUAUAUACAUGGAGCAUAG